CCCACAGCGAUCAGAUGAGAGAGCUGCACGUUUCUCACUGUGUCUCCGGGUCCAUGUUGGCGUUGAUCUGCUCUGCUGGGUCAUUUCAGGCCACGUCUGUCCGAUCAGAGGAGCAAACGCUGACAUUACAGGGAUAUCUAAUAAAGGACAUACACGGAGACUGCGUUGCGGCUUCGAGAUUUCCAUGUUGGGAGGGAUUCGAGCAGUUCAGCCCUGGCAGGACUAAACGUUCCCACGUCUUUCUGCCUCUGCUGCUCCACACCGCUGUGGAACGACUCCGAUAUCACGAAGAACAAGAUAUCAGCGAGUCCGUGGAUGACAACAGCAUGAUGUUUAAGGCCUAAUAUACAGCAGUAUGUCAGAGCAAGCAGACAAAUGCACCUCCCGCUGGAAAGAUGAGGCCAUGCAGAAUGGGUACAUACCAAGUUACCUGGACAAGGAUGAGCUGUGUGUUGUUUGUGGGGACAAAGCAACUGGUUAUCAUUACCGCUGCAUUACCUGCGAGGGCUGCAAAGGUUUUUUUCGACGCACAAUUCAGAAGAACUUGAACCCAACAUACGCGUGCAAGUACGAGGGCAAGUGCGUCAUUGACAAAGUCACGCGCAACCAGUGCCAAGAAUGUCGCUUCAAGAAAUGCAUCGCUGUCGGCAUGGCAACAGACUUGGUGUUGGAUGACAGCAAGCGUCUAGCCAAGCGGAAGCUGAUCGAGGAGAACCGCGAGCGGCGGCGGCGCGAGGAGCUGCAGAAGACGGUGUGGGAGCGACCCGAGCCCACGCAGGAGGAGUGGGAGCUGAUCCGGGUCGUCACCGAGGCCCAUAUGGCCACAAACGCCCAGGGCAACCACUGGAAACAGAAGCGCAAAUUCCUGGUCGAGGAAGCAAUGCUACUUAAUGAAAUAACAUGUAAUUUAUUCUGUACUUCUGACCAGAGUGCAGUGGGGGUGAAGGAAGCCAAGCCCGAGGACAUCGGUUCUGCGCCCAUCGUCAACGCGCCGGAGGGGAGCAAAGUGGACAUAGAAGCCUUCAGUCAGUUUACAAAAAUUAUCACCCCCGCCAUCACUCGAGUUGUGGAUUUUGCCAAAAAGCUGCCCAUGUUCUGUGAGCUGCCUUGUGAGGACCAGAUCAUUUUGCUGAAGGGCUGCUGUAUGGAGAUCAUGUCUCUGCGAGCGGCAGUGCGAUACGAUCCCGAGAGCGAGACUCUGACGCUGAACGGGGAGAUGGCCGUCACACGGGGCCAGCUCAAGAACGGGGGCCUGGGAGUCGUCUCGGACGCCAUCUUUGAUCUGGGCGUCUCGCUGUCCUCCUUCAACCUAGACGAUUCAGAGGUGGCGUUGCUACAAGCCGUGAUUCUGCUUUCCUCCGAUCGCCCCGGUUUGACGAGCGUAGAGCGGAUAGAGCGCUGUCAGGAGGAGUUCCUCUUGGCCUUCGAACAUUACAUCAACUACCGCAAGCACAAGGUGGCUCACUUCUGGCCCAAGCUGCUGAUGAAAGUGACAGACCUGCGCAUGAUUGGUGCCUGCCAUGCCAGCCGCUUCCUGCACAUGAAGGUGGAGUGUCCCACGGAGCUCUUUCCGCCCCUCUUCCUGGAAGUGUUCGAAGACUGACGGCCAACAGUUAGGCCAAGCUGCUUCCACCAACACGACCUCCACAGAUCCAGCCUCCCUCAGCCUCCCUCAGUCUCCCUGUCCCCGGUCACACGACUCUGUUCUAGCACUACUGAGCGUCAUUUCAUUCCAUAGUUUUUAGGAGUAGCUCUCUGGCCUAUUUUGAAUGGAACCAUUCCUUUUACAAAGCGGGUACAUGUGAAUAGCGUUACAGUUUUUUCUCUCUCUCUUUCACUCUGUGUAAAAAGAAAAAUCAGCUUUCCGUUACUCUAGAUUUUUUUUUCUAUGUUAAAUAGUUUCGUUUCCGAUUAUAGUCUUCGAUGGCGCUUAAUGGAGAUGUAUGAACUAUGCAUUCGGGUUUCGUGUCAGGCGUCAGGCCUCAGAAAGGAGACGAAGAACACCACACUGCGAAGGAGGACAGAAAUAUUUGAUUUUCUUUCGUGUCCCUUAUCUGUUGGUCUGAAGGUCUUUUCAUGCUCACGUUAAGCCAUAGGUUGUUUAUAGUUCCGGUCCAAACCCCAGUGAGCUGCCUGCUUAGACAACGUUUCGAGACAAAAUAGGAGCAUCCUAAUAUUGAGACUCUAAAAAAAAAAAUGCAUUGCGAUUGUGUGUUCUAGACGAGAUCGCUACAUGGAAAGCAAAUUGUGACUUGAUCCAGCAGGCACAGGGCAUCAAUAUAACAUCAGUUUGAUGUCAGGCACGUUGCAUUUUGGUUGAGAAUGAAAAUAGGCGUUUUUGACACCAUUUUGACGUUGACUUAAUUAUAGUAACGCAGCCUAAAAACAACAAAUGUCAACGCAAGCUGAUCAAAUUGACAUUAGACAUUGACUUGCAGCCUGUCCUCCAACAAAAAAACGACUCUAUACUUGUCUUGUGCAAGUACCCAAUGUGACCCGUAUUUACAUUUUUAAUCUAGCGCCCUCUGGUGAGCAUAAAAAUAAUGACGGAGUCGUGGUGCAUCUUUCGUCAUAAAUGACGUAUGGCUGUCAUUGCCAAUCAAAAUGCAUGUUUUGUUUAAAUGCAAUGUGUCGACUGGUUAAUUACCGAUCUCAUGGUAAUUAAAAUGUAUUUUACUGGGUGUACGAAUAACCACACCUAAACCUACCUGUUACAAAAAUCCUGAAAAAUCAUAAGUUAAAGAACAUUUCCGUUUUUGUGAGCAUGUGCAUUCGACAUGCAAUUGCAAUUGUAGUAUGCGCUUUGGGUCGUAUUUCAGGGAUUUGUGCAAAUGACCUAUACAGACGUAUUGGUUGGAGGACAUGGUCGCCUGACAUCGCAACCAAAAUUUAAUCAGCGCUUUAAUAUUAAUAUUUUAACACUACACCUCAUCUUCCUUACUGCUCUUCAGUUCACUCUUAUGCAUUUGUGUCUUAGGUUUUCUCUGAUAUUUUCGGAAAAACAUUUUUUUUUAAAUGAACUGAGAAUUACAGAAAGCUCAUGGGAACAGUGGACUUAAAACUAUACCGUCUUCUAAUAUCAGGGGACUUUCAAAGUUGUCACUGUUCCUGUCACACUACACAACUGUUUCUUGAAUUCGCUGGGAUCCCACUUUGCACAAUAUUUCAUUAGAAAGAAUAUCCAACAAAGUGUCUCAAUUACUGAAUGCAUGCAUGAGAAGUGACGCAGAGAAUGAAAUUUCCCUCAUUAGCUGUAAAUCGUGACCGAUGUCAUUUUCAGUCAAAACAUGCUGCAAGGCUGCGUUCCGGUUCCCUCCGUCUCAUUUACUCUGAUUGCAUUGCAUGAGCGCCCGUUGCUGGUAGAACCCUCGGAAUUCACUGAACUGGAACGUUCUAAGCCCUUGAUCACUUAGAAUCCUCUAUGGAGUUGGAUUAAUGUUUACAUUUUUCUCCUUACUAAUUAGUUAGGUGCUGCAUUCUAUAUGAAUAUAUAUCUAUAUGUAUAUUUUUGGGCACUGGCAAUACAUCUGUGCUUCUCUCAAUUCACGUUUAUCAUCGCUCAUGCAGUCCACAGAAUUGCCUCAAUUUUCAGACGUUGGUCAAUGAUCUCCAGAAAUCCCGUAGCUUAUACCUUGCAAAAGAUCAUAUUUAUUUUUUUGGUUCAAAUUCUAAGGCAGUAUUGUAUUUGUGAUGCUUCCUUUGUUGUGUUGCCUGCAUAUGCCUUUUUUUUUUUUAAAGCAGCUCGCUGGGUUUUGGAUUCAGAAAUAUUUUCGGCAAAAAAAUUCUAAAUGGCAAGGUGGCAUGUCAGUGUUUGAUGGUGGUUGUGCCCUUGAGUAAAAUUUCCUGUUUCUUUAUUAGUGCACCUAAAAGCUUUUGGACAGUAAGACAUUCAUAAGAGUUUUGUUUUGUUUUUUUAUCUCAAAUGUUGAUCAACUUUAGCCCUUAUAUAAAGAUAUCGUCUAGCCAGCAGCCACUAACGUUAGCUCAUAAUGCCUCUAUUAAGGUGCCAAAAAAAACCUCCCUAAAAAACCUGCACUCUGUUUGGUGUUGUGUCAAGCUGCUUGGAGGAUCAUGAUCUAUUUCCCAUCCAUCGCUAGAUCCUUUGACCCGCAGGGAUGGAACUCUAUUCAGCCGAACGCUUCUUCUCUUGUAUAGCCGUCACACGAUAGACCAAGGAAAUGCUUCUGCUUGAACUUGUUGGUGCUAUGAGUUUGCCGAUUUAUACCUCCGGGAGUGCUGUCAGCGAACCUCUGGGUGAUUGACGAGCGCAAAUACACAAAACGCUGAGGUCAGUGGUCAACCCUGCGACAAACAGGGAUGCUUUCGGAUGUGAUUGUUGUUUCAGCCGUUCUCGUUUCUGUCCUGGUUUUCUUCUUUUACUGUAGCGUUUUUAACCUUUCUAGAGACGUCCUUGUGUGCUGCAAGAGAGUUUGAAUCUCACAUACCUCUACUGAUUAUCAGGAACCGCCAGAACUGUUUUUUUUUUUUUGUUUGUUCGUUUUUUUUUUUCCUUUUGCUGUUGAAAGAUGGACAUGAAUUCAGAUUCUCACCUCAAAGCGCAGAGCAUGUUCAAUCAGUGUUUUGUUAUAGUGAUGCCUUUUGUAAGCAAUAGAAUUGCUCCAGUGGUUUUACAUGUUUUGGAUUACACAUACAAACGUACACACCAACGUAGAUAUUCGACAGACUCAAAGUCAUUGCACAGACAAUCAAUGUGUUCGCAGAGAGUGUUACGGAAAGAGGAAAGUAAGGGCCACAGCCAGGGUCCAAAACUAAUGUUUCGCCAGAGCUGUCGCCUUAGUUAUGGUCACAUGCUCAGACAAGCUAGUAGCCUGGGAAUGUCCCAUACAAACAUGCCCAGGCUCAUUUUUAAUAAUUGGGUCAAUUUCAUAUGCAGCCAAAAUUAGAUGAUCUGUGACAGAUUAUUCUUCAUUAGAUUUUAUGUAUUUCAUUCUCAUUUCUAUGAGAUUCAGUAUAUAUGUUUAUACAAUUCGAUUUAAAUCAUGCAUUUAUGAUACUUUUUUUUUCUUGGCGUCAGCACUUGGCAAAUGCUAAUUUUGGACCCUGGUCACAGAUCAACAAAUGCAUGCACAGACACGCUGGGGGUCGAUACUACUUCCUCUGAGCGCACAGGUAAAAUAACAAAAAAAAAAAAAAACACAAACGCACUACAAAAAUAAAGAUAUUUAUGGUGUAAAGGAAAGAGGCUGUAUUUUUUCAGACUGCAGAUAUUUUUUACAUGUUAUAUGCACAAUAUGAACAUUUUUGAGCAGUUUUACAACAAGGAAACGAAAGACUGUCUUUUCUCAAAAAUCUCUCGCCAUUCUCAAACAGAAAUCAGUCCUGUUUUUAACGAUCUCUCUUUAAUGAUCUCUCCUUAGUGUGCGUUUCAUCAUUACAAAUGCAUUAAUGACAACUAAUGUAUGCUAUCUAAUAAUAAUCAUAACAACAACAACAAAAAUCCACACAGCCAAUCACAAAAUGUGAUCCUUGCUGGAUGUUGGAAUAAAACCUAAAACCCAUAUUCAGAAGAAACCAUCAGAUCUCACCAAGCUGAACUGAAACAAACGCAUCCCCGAGAAACAAUUACAGCACAUGUACUUCUGUUUCUAUGUGUCUUAGUUAACAUUUACCUGAUUAGUCCACAGUAUGCUGGUGGUGUGAAAAAGUGAAUUUUCAAUGUGAAUCAAGUUGUCCAACCUGACAAGAAAAUGUAUUUUAUUUUGUCUCAUUCUUCAUUCUUUGUUUCGUUUUUGUUUAACCAAAAUGAACGUUAUUGCACAAGCCUGCUGUGUGACAGUGGAGCCUUGAAUUUGAUUUUGGAUCAUGAUGUGAUUUGGAUAUCCUGGAAGAGACAUUGCACUAGAAAAUAAUCCUGGAUUUGGCAAAAGAUGAUGAUGAUAGUGAUGACAUUUGCACCUAAGGUGAAUAGGAGAAUAAAGAUGGUUUUGAGAAACCCCUGCAA